AUGCCAGUUUCGCAUCUUGGACUUACAGUGUCACACAUAUCCUCGGCGACAUCAUUUUACCUUACUACGCUUGAACCCCUCGGCUAUCGGUAUAUCGGACACAGUAGAGACUCUGUUGGGCUUGGUGUGGACAAUGCGGACUUCUUUCUGACGCAGCAGCCUAGCCGUGUCCCUGUCUCACCUACCCACAUCGCUUUCGCAGCAGAUAGUCGUCUGGUUGUACGUAACUGCUAUGCAGCUGCUCUGAGAUCAGGCGCAUAUCCCAGCAGUGCGCCAAGCUACCGUGACCGCAAUUGCAACGUCUUCAAUGCUGCUGUGGAGGAUCUUGACGGUAAUGUUGUUGAGUUCGUGUUCACAGAGCCGACCGUGGCAGACGACGAUGAGCAUGCCAUUGAAGCGCCGGAGCAUAGCCGUGUGCUAAGCUGGAGAAAGGGUAUCAAAGGUAUGAGCAAUCAGGAGGAUCCCUGGGACUGUCGCUCUCGGUCUUCAGGCACCGAUUCGGCAGUCAAGCCUUUUCCUGGCCUGCAGCCGGCGCGCUCUAUGUACGCCCGAAGUUCCUCUGCAGCGCCGCUACGAGAAACGGGUCGAACACGUACCCUGCCCGCAAGGUCCGCUUCGAAUUCAGAGUUUCCCAACAAAGCCUUCUUCGGUACUUUGCUGGGUGCAACAGCUGGCGCUGCGGUUGCGUGGGCUUUCAUGAAGGCUGAAGCAAGAAAUGCGCGAGACGAGCAAUCUUUCUCUGACGCCGCUCGCUCCCAACCGCGCCGAUAUUCGCUUGAUGGCGCCGUUUCACGCAGAUCUAGCGUGGCAGGUUCUCAGCUACCGCUAAGAGACCGAGAGUAUAGCACGACCGAGAAGACUUCAGUAAGCAGGAAGUAUCCGCCACUCAGUCUAGCUCGCAGCAGGCCAGCUAUUGACUCUAGGACUUACUACGACGAUAAUGAGGUACACGCCGCAGUCAGCCGAUAUACAGCGUCUCGUCGGCCGUCAGUGCCCAGACGCACUAGGACCGUGGAUGCUCACGAAUAUAGGCCGGUGUUUGCAGAUGAAGACCGUCCGGAAGCUGGCGUAAGACGGUCUUACACUUUACCGGCCGAUGACACGAUCCCAGAAGGAUCUGCGAGCUCUGGACAGAUAGCACCAACGUCACGUUCUCGGCGCUCUACAGUCGAUGGACGAACGUCUAGGCGUCACGAUAGCGGCGUAAGUCUACGGUCUCGUGCAUCGCAUGAUUCCUGGGACUCUCAUCGGACCAAGUCCCACGGAAGCCACCAAUCCAGUAACGGCACUGUCAAGCCAGGCCGUCGCUCGGUCCAAGAGCAGCUUACGGAUAUCGGGAGCUCGGCACGCCCCAAGCCCACACACUCUGCUGCAAUGGGGGAACCACGCGUUCGAGAUGCCGCUCGUGCCUCCACGUACGUGACAGCUGCGCAAGACCCAUGGCUUGCGGAGGGCGUAGGUCCACGACCCGUUCUCGAUGAAAGUGAUGACUCGGACGGUUUGGGCGACACUUGCACGGUUGUUCCUGACGACAGUAUCUCGUGCGUCGGUAUAAGCAGGCCACAGCCCGCCGCUCGAACCAGCCGUCAACUUUCCUCGAAGCACGGCAGAUCCGACAGCAUUCCCACAGCGAGACCUGUGGAGACUAAGCUCGGACGGAGAUACAGCGCCGCGACGCUCCCUUUGCGGCCGAGAGACGAUGGCAAGGGCUACAGUGGGAAGAAGAGAAGCGUAUUGACAUAUGCAUGA